AUACUCAACAAUAAAAUAAUUUGAAAUGCAAGUUAGUUGUCUCAAGCAUUUUAUAAAAGAUACUGAACCUCUAAUUCUGUUUUUUGGCACAGAAAGUUUGAGGAUAAAUUUCCCAAAUGUGGAUAUAAUAUCUAAAAAUAUUUAUGUCUUUUAAAUAUGAAAUCUCUGAUCUACUGAAUUACUUCUUAAAUACCUGAAGUCAGCAAGGCUGUGCCAGGCAAAAACCACCGGUCAAGAGUUCAAACUGUGUCUGUGGAUUGCAGGGAUACCACUGGGCUGCCAGACUACAAGGUUGGAAAAUGCUGGAAUCUGGAGUGGGGCCGAGAUGCCAUCAUAGACAAUGUGAUAUAGAUUGCAGUUAUCCCAAUGAGCUCCAUCUACUGUUAGCGAAGCUUCUGCACAGCUUGCAUUGUUUCUAGGAGAACCUUCCAUCAUACCUUUAUCUGUAGCCUUCCCUUAGGUCUAAGGGUCCUGAAAUUGUACUUUGGACGUUGGAUUUGGUGGAACAGCAACAUGACUGUGGGCAAGAGCAGCAAGAUGCUUCAACACAUUGACUAUAGAAUGAGAUGUAUCCUGCAAGAUGGCCGAAUCUUCAUUGGCACCUUUAAGGCUUUUGACAAGCAUAUGAAUUUGAUCCUCUGUGAUUGUGAUGAGUUCAGGAAGAUAAAGCCAAAGAAUGCAAAGCAACCAGAACGGGAAGAAAAGCGGGUUUUGGGUCUGGUCUUGCUGCGUGGGGAAAACUUGGUAUCGAUGACUGUUGAGGGACCACCUCCCAAAGAUACUGGCAUUGCUCGGGUACCACUUGCUGGAGCUGCAGGAGGCCCUGGAGUUGGUAGGGCUGCUGGCAGAGGCGUACCAGCUGGGGUCCCAAUUCCCCAGGCCCCUGCUGGAUUAGCAGGCCCUGUCCGAGGAGUUGGGGGGCCAUCACAGCAGGUAAUGACUCCACAGGGAAGAGGCACAGUAGCAGCUGCUGCUGUUGCUGCUACUGCCAGCAUUGCUGGAGCCCCAACACAGUAUCCGCCAGGGCGAGGGACUCCACCCCCACCUGUGGGUAGAGCAACCCCACCUCCAGGAAUUAUGGCACCUCCGCCUGGUAUGAGGCCACCAAUGGGCCCACCAAUUGGGCUUCCUCCUGCUCGAGGGACACCGAUAGGUAUGCCUCCUCCAGGAAUGAGACCACCUCCACCAGGAAUCAGAGGCCCACCUCCCCCAGGAAUGCGUCCACCAAGACCCUAGAAUAUGUUGCUCUGUCACAGUCACUUUUUCCCCUGCAAUGCAUCUUGUGAAAUUGUGCACAAUGUUUGUGAGCUUUUUGUCCCCACUUUCUGCGUUAAUAACUAAUAAUAAAUGCACAGAUCAAUUAAA